AUGGACGACCACGCUGCAGCAGGCUCAGCCACCCGGCGACCGUCGGCUGACCCUCCGCCGCUCUUGGUGGAACGGAAAUCCUCACGCGCGGCCAGCCGCCAGGCGUCCGACCGUCUGUCGCGGCUCUACUCGAUGGAUGACCCGACCAGCUACCUGGAAGGGAUGUCACCCCUUCCCUUGUGGCGGGGCACCAGCCCGCCGGUGGAAGACGAGGACUGCGCAUAUGGCAAGGAUCUCCGGCAUCCGAUGGAUUCGCCCUCCUCACGAUCAGGAUCAAAGCGCCCUCGACAUAUGGUGCUCUCCCGCGUCGACAGUCCCGACGAUCAGGCCAAUCGGCCAUUGCGUCCUGUUGAGCUGCCCGGUGGCACCGAAGCGUCGCUCAACAGCCCGCUCAUGAGCUGGGCCAUGUCCCAUCUGGAGAUGUGCAUCUUUCGCGGCGGGCAAUCUGGCGAUCUGCAUCCGGCGCGGCUCACCGUGCCGAAGGGGCCUCGACACCUCCAACAGCCGGGUCCCCCGGCAUCAGCACUCCUCUCUCCGCAUUCGGUGAUGUAUGAUGCUGAUGAGGAGGACCUUGUCUUCUUGGACCACCUCAAUCACCUGCUCGGGGGCCUGGGCCGCCCAAUGACCGUGGAUCUGCUGGAAAAGGUCCUCUUCACCUUUGAGAGUGUCUACAAUGCCCACGAGGAGCUGGUCCUGUCCAUGUGCCUGCCCUACCUGCCGCCGGUGUUGGCCGACACCACUGGCUUCUUCCAGUUUCCCGUGGCACCCGGCCAGCCCGGCGUGCCCGAUCCCUUUGCCCAGACGGACUCGCUGGGCCUGCUGCCGGCGCACUAUGUCCACGCGCGGAAGGCCGACUACGACAUUGCCUUCCAUCGCGCCUUGCGGGGGUCCCGCUCUUCGCCCGAAAGCGGCUCCGCCGAUGGCGAGCUUGACUCCCUCUGUGACAUAGCUCUCCGCUGUGACGCGUGCCGGGAUGAUGCCUUCGAUGACACGAAUGAGCUGGUCGUGUGCGAGAGCUGCGGUGCCGUGGUGCAUAUGACCGUCCCGGAGACCGGGUGGCUGUGCAAGACGUGCGAGGCCGCACCGCUGCUCUUCUCGCCGGUUGGCCCGGCCCGGCCGCCGUGCAUUCUCUGUCCGCCUCCCCGGGCCUCCAGUCACCACCCGGCCGGGGGCUUCUGCCCAAUGAAGCAGACCCCGGCUGGCGAGUGGGUCCAUGCUUCCUGCGCCAUGUGGGUCCCUCCGGUGGGCGUGGAAUCGGUCCGGCGCAUGGAGCCUGUCGUUGGUGUGGCUGACAUCGAUCCGGCUCGCUUCACCGCGGCCGCCCUCGUGUGCGAUCUGUGCGGCGUGUCGGAUCCCACCCGAGGCGCCACCCUGCAGUGUACAUCCUCCUCCUGCACGGCCGUCAUGCAUGUCGAAUGUGCGGUGAACCGGUCGCUUGCCAUGGUCAUGUCCGACUCGACGAACGAGUCCUCGGCCGAGAGUGCCAACCUCGAGGGUGAUGGCCCGCAGGCGGGUGCUGUCCAGAAGAAGGUCUUCUGUCUGCGACACACACCUACACGACUACGUCGGCGGUCUGCCGCCUCGCUGGAGGGCGUGGUCCUCGGCACGGGCCCCGGUGGACCGGGGGGCGUCCCGGGGAACCGAGCCCGCCUUUUGUGGCUCGAGCGUGGGGCCCUGCUGCGUUUUGACUUCGCCUCGGCCAUGCGUGCUGUGCUCCCGGCUUUUGGCCAGGCGUUUACCCAGCUGCUUGGCUACUCGGCGCCCGAUUGGCUCGGCCGGCCGACGGCCUGCUUGGGUGCUCGAACCCCCCUCCACCGGGUCCUGGCACAUUGGUACAUGCGCCGGGGCCGGACCGGUGGGAAGCCGCUGCCCGGGUCACGGGCCAUCAAUGUCGAGCUUCCUCGGCAUCCUGUUGCCCGGCACUUCCCGGUCCGGCGACUGCAUCGGCUAACCGAAUCCCUGGGCCGGCCGGACCCCACCGUGGGUCUCCCCCCACCGGUGGCUGCUCCUGGUGGGGCUCCCUUGACCCGGCGCCUGGUCACGGCACGCGCGGCACUUGGUGCGGCACGCUCGGCCGUCACCUCGAUGCUGGCUCGGGCGGCCGGGCUCCCCACUGGCAAGCCCUCGACCGUGGGUUUGGCCGCGGCGCGGGAUCUCCUGGUCAGUCGUGGCCUGGCACGGGGCCACUCGGUGGUCGCUGACACGUCCUGUGCCGACGGGCAAUCCACCAGCACCCGCCAGUCCCUCGACAGCUUGCUGGGCCUGGAAGAGGAUGAAUCCGGGUGGCUCAGUCUCCAGCCCACCAACCAUCCAGCUGAUCCUCUGCACCAGGGGCUUCCCGUGGCACUGUCUGAUGUACGUGUCUGGUUUGGAAUUGUUCCCUACUCUUAA